UUUUGUUGCUCUUUGGGUUGACCGAAUGUAUGCCUAAAAAUGAUAUAGCGUAUGAGGUGAAUAUGCAAACAUGUCACAACCACCUCAACAAUGAAGAAACGUGGUUAUAUCUCGGGGCAGAAAGCGCGCUGGUUAUGAAAGAUUGAACUCGAUUAUCGGAACGACGUCGUUAUGGCGAUGCUGGGACUGGGAGACAGCAAUGAAAUUGAAACCCAAUGAACCGAAUUGUUGUUGCGCGCCUCUUUCAACUUUUUCGAACAUACGCACACAGAAAUCCCUCUCUCACUCACUCUUCCGCUCGCAAGGAGUAGUACUCUUUGUCUUGUCCGAUCAAUUCCAGCAAAUUAAAGAGAAGAGGUAUGCUUUUCACGGCUUUUGCUUUCGGAACUUUGAUUCUUCGAUUUUGAAAUUGACCUCGGGAGUUCUUCCGCGACGUGCAUAGUGUUCUAAACAAGUAUGGAAAAACCCCUCGCGCUUAGGCCGCUGAGCAUCCAAGAUGAAAAUUCUGCCAUCCAUCAUAAAAAGGCUGCAGCUGAUGGUAAAUCCAAGAGCUCCAAACUAGUUGCUAGGAAGGCUGGAGUGGCGCUCGAGAGUCGUAAAGCUCUGACUGAUAUUACAAACAAGUCAUCCAUCCAUCUCGAAGCAUCCUCACAGAAAAAAAAUUCACAAGAUAAAAAGUGUAAUAUUGCAGAAGAUGGAUAUUUGCACCAACAGGUUAUUGAGGGUGAGGCACUUUUGAAGAAAAAGAGUUCAACAAAUGAGAAACUUAACAUUGCUGAAGAGGGUUUCUUGCAUGAUCACAAUAAGUGCAUUGAAGCACAAAAAGCAGCAUUAGAACUUGAUUUCUGGGACACAGUUCUUCCUGGACAUGAUUCUGCAGAUCAAAUAAUGAAACAAGCAAAGAGUGAUCCUGAUAUUGAUAGCAAAACUUGCCACCGUAUACUAGAAGAGUUAUCCAUGUCAGAGUUUUCUGAUUGGUUUAAGUCUUGGUGGAAGUCUCCUCCUUCUUCUCCAAUACACUGGGAUUCUCCUCCCCUCUCUCCUUUUGCAUGGGAUCUUGAGUCAGUUGAACUAUUGCUCAAGGAAGAUGACUCUGGUGAUGUCUGAGGAUCUCGUUAAUUGCAUGCAUGCACAUGGAAUGUGAAACAAAGGCAGUUUUUGUACCUGAUGAGACUAACUUGUAUGGACUUUCUAGCUCUCUUCUUUUGUUAGAAAAUCUAGAAUUGCAUUUGAAAUAAGUUUCCAGAAACAAGAAAUUCAUAGUUUA